AACCUUAAGUCCUGAACCACUGUUUCUUUUUUCCUUAAAAAAAUUAGGAGGCACAAGAAGACCUAGAACGCAGUAGCGAGGCCUCCUCUUGUAUAACGACGUUGCCCUAAAUAUACACUCCCUAAAAAACGGUGUGCACCUAGCGAGAAGAAUAUCAAUUUUAUGGGGAGCCACCAGAAGGGAGAGCGUGGAGGCAGCAGCAAUGGAAGCGGAGGAGGAGCUGUGGCGGUGGACAAGGGUGUCGAUUUCGCACAAUAUUUCUGCACCUACGCGUUUCUUUAUCACCAGAAAGAAAUGCUCUCUGAUAGAGUACGUAUGGACGCUUACUUCAACGCUAUUUUCGAGAACAAGCACCAUUUCAAGGGAAAGACGGUUUUGGAUGUGGGAACAGGGAGUGGCAUUCUUGCAAUGUGGUCAGCACAAGCAGGUGCUCGAAAGGUCUAUGCAGUUGAGGCUACUACGAUGUCAGGACAUGCGCAGGCUCUAGUCAAAGCGAAUAAUCUUCAAGAUGUAGUUGAAGUACUUGAGGGUUCCAUGGAGGAUGUCACCCUGCCAGAGCAAGUUGAUGUAAUUAUCUCAGAGUGGAUGGGGUACUUCCUUCUUCGUGAAUCCAUGUUUGAUUCAGUGAUAUGUGCUCGUGACCGCUGGUUGAAGCCCGGUGGAGUCAUGUAUCCAAGUCAUGCUCGCAUGUGGAUGGCACCAAUCAGGUCAGGAUUGGGAGAUCAAAAAAAGAGUGAUUAUGAUGGAUCGAUGAAUGAUUGGCAUGCUUUUAUGGAAGACACUAAAGAAUACUAUGGUGUUGAUAUGAGUGUUUUAACAAAGCCUUUCUCAGAGGAGCAAAUGAAAUAUUAUCUCCAGACAUCAUUGUGGCAAAACCUUCAUCCACAUCAAGUCAUUGGGACAGCUGCCAUUAUAAAGGAGAUUGAUUGUUUAACUGCCACGGUGAAUGACAUUCUCAAAGUCAAGUCAGACUUCCUAUCGUCAAUCACUUUAGAAAACACAAGGCUCUGCGGAUUUGGUGGAUGGUUUGAUGUCCAUUUUCGAGGAAGCAAGGUUAAUCCGGCACAGCAGGAGAUUGAGUUGACAACAGCUCCUAGUGUAGAUAAUAGCACGCAUUGGGGUCAGCAGGUUUUCCUCUUGCAUCCUCCUGUACAUGUCAGUGAAGGGGAUGCUAUAAGUGUAUCCUUCACCAUGGAUCGUUCAAAGGAAAAUCACAGAUUAAUGGAGGUUGAGCUUGGCUGUGAGAUCAAACAGUCCUCUGGCAAACAGCCUCCUCCUUCCAGAAACAAGUUCUACAUAGAGUGAGGAAGGAAAUAGCGGCUAUCAUGGAAGUCUUAAUAUCAUGAAAAUGGUAUUUCUUAUAGCUUCCAAAUUGUCAAAACUAAUUUUACCAAGACCCGAAAGGCACAUAUUGGUAUAAUUUUGUUUAAAUAUGGUUUUGCGUGCUCUUAUUACCUCUUAGUUUUGAUCCUUGUUUCAGAAAGGGUUGCAAGGAAAUUUUCUUACAUUCAUGCAA